AUGCUUUGGCAAACCGUCUUGUCGGCUUCCAUGCUGGCGGCCAGGGCCUAUGCCGGCUACGAGGCCAUGUCGAUUGACAACCUGCUGCCCCGGGACCUGGAGAGGAGAGUCGAGUACUUUGGCGAGAACCAGGACCAACCAGCGCACAUCAUCACCAAGAGGCAGAUGGGCGGCGUCGUCACGAACGCCAACGGCACCAUCAACAUGACGGCAUGGGACACACUGGCGAAUGAGAAGUGCACGCAGGCCCUGCUUAAGCUGCCCGCAGCCACAAAUCCUACCGGCGCCUGCGUCUGCUACAACCUGCCGGCCCUGAACAACGUUACCGGCACGUUCGAGGCCAACUUGAGGCUGUACCAGCUCACUGCACCGUCGGGGGAAUUUGCCGGCAUACCGCAGAGCAAUAUCAUGGUCAGCCUGGCGUACCAGGGUGCGUCGGUGGCUCCGAUCCAGCAGUCCUCGGCGACGCAAAAGGUCACGAAGCGCCAGGAAGGACAAAAACAAAUCAGGUUGCUGCAGACAUAUAUGUUUGCUGGCCAGAUCGACAAGAACAAGAUGGACCCGCAGAUGAACAUGGCUGCGAUUGAAGCGCUCGUCAUGCCGGUCGUGACGCUCUCGGCCGUCAACCCGACAGGCCAGACCGUCAGCACCAAUGUCUCGUCCAACGAGGCCGCCUUCGUCGCCGGCGUCUUCUCCGAGAGCACCGUCAUGUCUGAGUUCGGUGUCGCCAACAUGGCCGUCGACCGGUCGCUCGAGAUGCUGGCCAACGGCACCAUCGCUUUUGUCCUGCCGGGCGUCUCCAUCAUGAUCUUCCCCGUCGGUUUGAUCGUCACGAGCAUCUGGACGGUAGGGCUCUGCGGCGCCAUUGCCUUUGGCACAUUUAACCGCAUCGGCUUCCGUGAGCAGUUCAGGAGGCGGACACAGUACGCCGGCAAGAGCACCAUGAGUCGGAUAUGA